CUAGUAAUACUCAAACUAGCCACCUGGGGUGUCGAAAUGCAAGGAAUCGCACCAGUUCCACUGGAGGAACGAACUGAUAGAAGAUGGUAUCAGAUGUUUUUCGUAUGGUUCUCCGCGAAUAUGAAUAUAUUGGCAUUCAGCACAGGCUCGUCAGGGCCCGCUUUUUUCUCCCUUGGACUGGUAGAUUCCGUCAUAAUCCUUAUCGUUGUCGACUGCAUUUGUUGCAUUGUUCCAGCAUAUAUGGCAGUCUUCGGUCCGAAGCUAGGGACGCGAUCUAUGGUGCUUUCGCGUUUCUCCUGGGGGCACGUACUAAUAAAAUCACAUAUAUGCGAUUACUAUGGUGCAAUCUUGCCAAGCGUGCUGAACGUAUUCUCAAUGAUCGGGUUUUUAAUCCUAAACUGUAUAAUUGGCGGCCAGACGUUGGCCAGUGUGUCGUCUCGCCUGGAUGAUACACUCGGCAUUGUGAUUAUUAGCAUCAUUUCACUCGCGGUUGUCUUUUUUGGAUAUCGAGUUCUACAUCUAUUCGAAAGCAUUGCAUGGAUCCCAAGCGUAAUCGCGUUCAUUUUGAUGUUAGGGUUAAACGGCAAGACACUAAUCCAAGUGCAAUCUUAUCAAGCACCUCGACCAAGCCCUGCGACUGUGAUUUCCUUCGCAUCAACCAUAGCAUCUAGCAUCUUAAGUUGGUGCACGAUGACGGCCGACUAUGGUGUUUUCCACAGCCCAGAUGCUUCUGCGUUCAGGUUGUUCAUGUACUCCUACCUCGGAUUCCUAGUCCCUAGUCUGACUGGUCACAUCAUUGGGGCUGCUUUUGCCGCAGGAGCAGCAUUCGUGCCAGCCUGGCAAGAGGCAUUUGGAAAUGGAAAUAACGUCGGAGGCCUUAUAUACGCUACCUUGUCUCCAGCUGGCGGGUUCGGGGCGUUCAUGACCGUCGUCGUCUCGUUGUUCAGCUCGACUGCUUGCGCCAUCACGAUGUAUACUUUUGCGACAAGUUUCAUGACAGUCUCUCCCUUGUUUGCUCGCCUGCCUCAAUGGGUGUAUGUCUUCAUUUCAGAAGCAAUUCUAAUACCCGUUGCAAUUGUUGGCGCAAACAAAUUUUACACAACUUUUGUUGAUGUCAUCAGCAUCAUCGGCUAUUGGACGAUCAUAUAUUUUGCUAUCGUCUGCACUGAGCAUGUCAUAUUCCGUCGUAGCUCUUUCUCCACAUACAACGUGUCUGAAUGGGACAUUCCCUCACGUCUACCCACGGGCAUCGCCGCGGUCGUCUCAUUUCUAUGUGGAAUCGGCAUCGUUAUACCGUGCAUGAAGCAAGCAUGGUAUGAAGGCCCCAUCGCAAGGGCUGGCACGGGCGAUAUAGGGCUUUACACGAGUUUUGUACUCACCAUAGUUGUAUACGCGGUGUCUGCUACUUUGAUUGUUUGCUACCAAAACUGUGCAAUUAUGUGAACGACAAGCCCUUCAAUGUUUGGACCCGAGUGCGCCUGAGACUUAGAAUCCUGAAUUCAAACGCUAAACGUUAAAAAGGUAUGUAU